GCCGAGGUCAAGGAUAUGGUUAACAUUGUCCAAAGGCUCAUAGCUGAUGGCCAUACGUUCAAUUCGCCGGAAAUCGUUCAGCUAAAACUCGAACCGGGUGUUUGUUGGAAAAAUGAAGAAGUAGAUAAAAAUUGUGUAGUCACAGCAAGAGGUCUUCCGUGGCAAUCAUCUGAUCACGACAUAGCCAAGUUUUUUUGUGGUCUCAAUAUAGUCAAAGGUGGUGUAGCAUUGUGUUUAAGUGCGCAUGGUCGUCGUAACGGUGAAGCGGUUGUACGUUUUGUGAACAAAGAGCACAGAGACAUGGCUAUGAAAAGACAUAAGCACCAUAAUGGUGGCCGUUAUACUGAAGUAUAUAACGGUAAUGAUGAAGACUUCAUAAAUGUUGCUGGGGGUAAUAGUAGUGAAGCCCAAAUGUUCCUCACCAAGGGUGCCCAAGUAAUUGUGCGCAUGAGGGGUUUACCUUAUGUUUGUACAGCUAAAGAUGUCAUUACUUUCUUUGAAAAUGGUGAGCAAACUUGUUCUGUAAUGGAUGGAGAAAAUGGUGUUUUAUUUGUUAAAAAACCUGAUGGACGUUCAACGGGUGAUGCGUUUGUUCUAUUUGCUGAUGAAGAUGAUGCUCCUAAAGCACUUAGUAAGGACAGAGACCUAAUAGGCAAGAGGUAUAUUGAACUAUUUAGGAGUACAACAGCUGAAGUACAACAGGUUUUGAAUCGUGCAAUGGAUCCAUCUAUGCGAUCAACAGCUAGUGAUAGCAGUGGCAACAUUAUCACCCCAGUAACAACAACAGCUGGUGUGAAUAAUUCGCCUACUGCACUUUUUGGGCAUGUGCCGCUUCUGCCAUUGCCUCAGCACGUCAUCACUAGUGGCACACAAAAAGACUGUAUACGCUUACGUGGACUUCCAUAUGAAGCAAAUGUAGAGCAUAUACUUGAGUUCCUCGAAGAACAUUCCAAAAAUAUUGUAUUCCAAGGUGUGCAUAUGAUUUACAACUCUGUGGGUCAUGCAUCUGGUGAAGCAUUCAUUCAAAUGAACAACGUGGGCAGUGCCGCUCAGGCAGUAAUGGCUAAACACUACAAUUAUAUGUAUAUUGGCAAAAAACAACGGUACAUCGAAAUGUUCCAGUGUUCCGGUGAAGAUAUGCAUCUGGUGUUGACUGGCGGAGGUGCUGCGUCAAGAGCUUUAUCUCAAGUAGCUACCAAAGCGCCACCUGGUAUGUUACCUGCACAGCUUCUAAUGACCACCAGCCAGGUUGCUAAUCCUGGUACUCCCCUUACCCUAAUGCCCCCUUGGGAUCCAAUGUCCGUUUACGCCCAGAAUUUAGCCCAAACCCUAGCCCUCCAGCGUGCGGCUGUGGCAGCUGCCCAACAACCACAGAAAUCAUGGUUGUAUCAACUAGCUCAGCAUAACCAAUUAACCAAUCUUGCUUUACUCACCAAACAGCAACAAGACAUGAAUGGUGGUAUGGCACAACAGCCUAAUAUUCAAUCAUUAUCUCCGAAUGUGGCUCAUCAUUUGUUGGAUAAUAGUGCCCAAAAUGAUAUGGCUAAAAGUGCAGCCUCACCUUAUAUGUACUUUAAUAUGCCACGAUUUUCACACAACAUGGCGGCCAAUCCUUAUGUGCCAGUUUCGGCUGCUGGAGGUCAGUUUGUCAUGCCGCCAACGGCCAAUCCACCACAAAAACGUUCAUGGCAAAAAGCAUUUCCUGGUGGCCAUGAAAGUUCCAAUAAACGACAGUUUGCACUACCGUCUGCUUCUGCUGCUGGGCCCAUGUUCAUGAAUCAAGGCCCUAACACAGCUGCCAUAGUCGCAUCAUCCCCAUAUCUACAACACCCGGGACAAUUCUAUACCAUUUAA